GUGUUUGUAUGUGUGCGACGCCUGCAUUACCUAUCCGUAGCCAUGUUUGCAGUCGCAGACCAGCUGAUGAUGUCUUUCAACUUUAGUCACUAUGUUAUUGCUUACCGCAUAAGAUCAGUGGGAAAAUUAAUGUAGCCAGUGUGUUAAUUAUAUUUUUAAAAUGACGGGGGAUUCAAUUUCAUACAUUGUGUUGUUUUUAUUGGUUUUCUUUUUAACUACAAGUUCUAGUCAAGAUCCAUCUUCUUCUUCACCGCAACAUGAGGUUUCCAAACACGGCAAAGAUUGGGACGUCUUGAUCUUCACCCAGCAUUGGCCAGCCACUGUGUGUUACCAAUGGCGCGAACGAGAGACCAGCCACAGGUGUUCCAUGCCAUCCAACGACAUCUGGACGGUGCAUGGAAUUUGGCCUACCAAAUUGGGCACUAUUGGACCAGCUUUCUGUAACGAUACUUGGGCAUUCGACCAAUCGCAACUUGAACCCAUUCAAGAUCAACUGGAUCGCUACUGGAUAAAUAUCGAAAAAGAUACUCCGCACAAUUCCUUGUGGAAACACGAAUGGAUGAAACAUGGUACAUGUGCAGCUGUAUUACCACAAUUGAAUUCGGAGAACAAAUACUUUUCCCAAGGUCUGGAAUGGCUGCAAGAAUAUUCAAUGUCGAAGGUCCUCCAACGCGUAGACAUACAACCAAAUAACACAUUUGAUCCUGUUGAAAUUUACUCUGGAGUAAAGAAAGUCCUAAAUAAAAAUCCUGCAAUGGAAUGCAUGCAUGAUGUAAAAACAGGACUAUCUUAUAUAUUUGAAAUAAGAAUUUGUUUCGAUAAGAACUUAAGGCUUACUGACUGUGAUGGCAUUAAGAGUCGUCUAAGACACUUAGGCGAUGGUAAGAUAUUAACUAAUUGUGAUUUACACAAGCAGGUCAUAUAUCCUGAGGUUAUAGAAAUGCCGAAAAAAGCGGUUUUACAAAAACAAGAAAAUAUAUCAUACAAAUGGUCUAUCUUUGAUUUAUAUAAAAUUAUUUAUUUUGUCCAAUGGUUCACAUUUUAGAUGAAUUAUUGAUCUUUCCAGUGCUAGUUUCUGUGAUUUUCAUAUUAGGUGUAGAUCGACCAAUCAGUAACAGAUUAAGUAGGAAAUAUCUAAUGCUGUAUUAAAUUAAUAGUACUUCAGCAUUAAGAAAUUGAAAACGAUACGUAUAGUGA